AUGUUCGCGGCCGCUUGUGCGGUGACCAUCGGGGAUGGCAAUCGCGCCAAUUUUUGGUACGAUAGCUGGCUCCCCGAGGGCGCGCCGUUCCUCUUGGUGCCCGAGCUCUUUGCGGCCUCUAGACGCAAAACCCGCACGGUGUGCCAGGCGCUUGCCAGCGGCAAAUGGGUCCAAGACCUGCGCGGCAGGGUCAAAACCGAGCUCCUUCCGGCUUUCGUCAAGCUGUGGGUGUGUAUCCAGUCGCGGCAGCCACUGAUCACGGGCACUGGCGAUGUUUUCCGUUGGCGGCUGACCGAAAACAGUGUAUAUUCCGCCGCCUCGGCCUACAGUGCCUUCUUCAUCGCCUCUACUACGUUUCCACUACGACAGGAGAUCUGGGCGGCGUGGGCACCGGCCAAAUGCCGCAUCUUCGCCUGGUUGCUCACCCAGCGUAGGAUCCUCACGGCCGAUCGUCUGCUUGCCAGGCAAUGGCCAAACUCCUACUUCUGUCCGCUUUGCAUUCGGAACCUCGAGACGGCGGCACACCUUGCGGUGGAAUGCACCUGGUCUCGGGAGCUCUGGGGUCUGGUGGCAAAUCGGUUUCGCGUCCCGGAGCUCGGACCUGAGCUCUGGACGGACCAUUCCUCCCUGUCGGCCUGGCUCAGUGGCAUGAGCAGCUGCCCCGCCACGCGCAAGCUGGCGCGCUCUGCUGCCCUGCUCAUCCUUUGGUGGAUCUGGAAGGAGCGUAACACACGCAUAUUCGAGAGAGGCGCCGAGCGAUCACCGCGGCAAGUCUUGCAGCUCCUGCUAGUGGAGGCAAGCGAAUGGGCGUUGGCAGGCGGCCGACACCUCUCUUUGCGAGAGUAG